GAUUUGGAGUUCCAUGGAGUGAUGAGAUUUUAUUUUCAAGAUAAAGCUGCUGGAAACUUUGCAACCAAGUGUAUUCGAGUCUCUAGUACUGCUACCACUCAAGAUGUAAUAGAAACACUCGCAGAGAAAUUUCGACCUGACAUGCGAAUGCUGUCUUCUCCCAAGUAUUCACUCUAUGAAGUGCAUGUCAGUGGAGAAAGAAGAUUGGAUAUAGAUGAGAAACCUCUAGUUGUGCAGUUGAAUUGGAACAAAGAUGAUCGGGAGGGCAGAUUUGUUCUUAAGAAUGAGAAUGAUGCCAUGCCUCCCAAGAAGGCUCAAAGUAAUGGACCUGAAAAGCAGGAAAAAGAAGGUGUUAUCCAGAACUUCAAGAGAACUCUCUCAAAGAAAGAAAAGAAGGAAAAAAAGAAGAGAGAAAAAGAAGCCAUGCGGCAGGCUUCUGAUAAAGAUGAUAGACCUUUCCAAGGAGAGGACAUUGAAAAUUCUCGACUGGCUGCUGAGGUUUACAAAGACAUGCCUGAAACCAGCUUCACUCGAACAAUUUCUAAUCCUGAGGUGGUUAUGAAACGACGGAGGCAACAAAAAUUAGAAAAGAGAAUGCAGGAAUUCCGGAGCUCUGAUGGGAGGCCUGAUUCAGGUGGAACAUUGAGAAUUUAUGCAGACAGUUUAAAACCAAAUAUUCCCUACAAGACAAUCCUGCUGUCUACUACAGAUCCUGCAGACUUUGCUGUGGCUGAAGCUUUAGAGAAGUAUGGUCUGGAAAAAGAAAAUCCUAAGGAUUACUGCAUUGCCCGGGUUAUGCUUCCUCCUGGAGCCCAGCAUUCUGAUGAGAAAGGUGCUAGAGAAAUUAUUCUUGAUGAUGAUGAGUGUCCUUUACAAAUCUUCAGGGAAUGGCCAAGUGACAAAGGGAUUUUAGUCUUUCAGUUGAAGAGGAGGCCACCAGACCACAUCCCAAAGAAAACGAAGAAGCACAUGGAAGGGAAGCCUCUGAAGGGAAAGGAGAGAGCUGAUGGGUCUGGCUAUGGCUCUGCUCUUCCCCCCGAGAAACUACCCUAUUUAGUAGAGUUAAGCCCAGGGAGAAGGAAUCACUUUGCCUACUACAGCUAUCACAUUCAUGAAGAUGGUUCUGACUCCAGAGAUAAGCCAAAGCUUUACCGCCUACAGUUAAGUGUGACUGAAGUUGGGACUGAAAAGUUGGAUGACAACUCGAUCCAGUUGUUUGGGCCAGGAAUUCAGCCCCAUCACUGUGACCUCACCAACAUGGAUGGAGUGGUCACUGUGACACCUAGGAGUAUGGACGCAGAGACCUAUGUGGAAGGCCAGCGCAUCUCAGAGACCACCAUGCUGCAGAGUGGCAUGAAAGUGCAGUUUGGGGCAUCACAUGUAUUUAAGUUCGUGGACCCCAGCCAGGAUCAUGCUCUUGCAAAAAGAUCUGUGGAUGGGGGCCUGAUGGUUAAGGGCCCAAGAUAUAAACCUGGAAUUGUUCAGGAGACAACUUUUGACUUAGGAGGAGAUGUUCAUAGUGGGACAGCAUUACCAACAAGCAAGAGUACCACGAGACUGGACAGCGACAGAAUGUCAUCUGCCUCAAGCACAGCCGAGCGAGGGAUGGUGAAGCCAAUGAUCAGAGUGGAGCAGCAGCCGGACUAUCGCAGGCAAGAAAGCAGAACACAGGAUGCUUCAGGGCCUGAACUGAUACUACCUGCAAGCAUUGAAUUCAGGGAAAGUUCUGAAGAUUCAUUUUUAUCUGCCAUCAUAAAUUAUACUAAUAGCUCUACAGUCCAUUUUAAGUUAUCCCCUACAUAUGUAUUAUAUAUGGCAUGCCGGUAUGUAUUGUCCAGCCAGUACAGACCUGAUAUCAGUCCCACUGAGCGCACUCACAAAGUCAUUGCAAUAGUCAACAAGAUGGUGAGCAUGAUGGAAGGAGUCAUUCAGGAAGUAGACCAGGUUGACCAGAAACAGAAGAAUAUUGCAGGGGCACUUGCCUUCUGGAUGGCAAAUGCAUCUGAACUUCUCAACUUCAUUAAGCAGGACCGAGACCUUAGUCGAAUCACAUUGGAUGCCCAGGAUGUUUUAGCACACUUGGUUCAGAUGGCAUUUAAAUACUUGGUUCACUGUCUUCAAUCGGAACUUAAUAAUUACAUGCCAGCCUUUCUGGAUGACCCUGAAGAGAAUAGUCUACAAAGACCAAAAAUAGAUGAUGUGCUACACACGCUCACAGGAGCCAUGUCUUUGCUGCGACGCUGCAGAGUCAACGCUGCCCUGACCAUCCAGCUCUUCUCUCAACUCUUCCACUUUAUCAAUAUGUGGCUGUUCAACAGAUUGGUGACUGACCCAGAUUCAGGACUGUGCUCUCACUACUGGGGUGCAAUUAUCCGUCAGCAGCUGGGCCAUAUUGAAGCCUGGGCUGAGAAGCAGGGGCUGGAGCUGGCAGCAGACUGCCAUCUCAGCAGGAUUGUACAGGCAACCACUUUGCUUACCAUGGAUAAGUAUGCACCCGAUGACAUUCCAAAUAUAAACAGCACCUGUUUUAAGUUAAAUUCACUACAACUUCAAGCCUUAUUACAAAACUAUCACUGUGCACCUGAUGAGCCUUUUAUCCCAACGGAUCUUAUAGAAAAUGUAGUGGCUGUUGCUGAAAACACUGCUGAUGAGCUGGCCCGCAGUGAUGGGAGGGAUGUGCAGCUGGAGGAGGACCCUGACCUGCAGCUGCCUUUUCUUUUGCCAGAAGAUGGCUAUUCUUGUGAUGUUGUCAGAAGUAUUCCAAACGGUUUACAAGAAUUUUUAGACCCUCUGUGCCAGAGAGGAUUUUGCAGGCUAAUUCCUCACACACGUUCACCAGGUACUUGGACAAUAUAUUUUGAAGGUGCAGAUUAUGAAAGUCACCUUCUGCGUGAGAACACAGAACUGGCUCAGCCUCUGAGGAAAGAACCUGAAAUAAUCACUGUGACCCUAAAAAAGCAGAAUGGAAUGGGCCUUAGCAUUGUUGCAGCCAAGGGUGCUGGCCAAGAUAAGCUAGGAAUCUAUGUCAAGUCUGUUGUGAAAGGAGGCGCUGCAGAUGUGGAUGGACGACUAGCUGCAGGUGAUCAGCUCCUCAGUGUAGACGGACGAAGUCUGGUUGGACUCUCUCAGGAAAGGGCGGCAGAGCUCAUGACAAGAACAAGUUCUGUGGUAACACUCGAAGUAGCAAAGCAGGGCGCUAUCUACCACGGUCUGGCCACCCUCCUCAAUCAGCCAUCCCCCAUGAUGCAGAGAAUUUCAGAUCGUCGUGGCUCAGGUAAACCCCGACCAAAGAGUGAAGGUUUUGAGCUCUAUAAUAAUUCUGCUCAAAAUGGGUCUCCUGAGAGUCCUCAGCUGCCUUGGGCAGAGUAUAGUGAACCAAAGAAGUUGCCUGGCGAUGACAGACUGAUGAAAAAUAGAGCUGAUCACCGCUCCAGCCCCAAUGUAGCAAAUCAGCCUCCUAGUCCUGGAGGGAAAAACGCAUAUGCCUCUGGAACCACAGCAAAGAUAACGUCCGUCUCCACAGGAAACCUCUGCACUGAGGAGCAGACUCCUCCACCGAGACCCGAAGCAUACCCUAUCCCUACGCAGACAUACACCAGAGAAUAUUUUACCUUCCCGGCUUCCAAAUCCCAGGAUCGGAUGGCUCCUCCUCAGACCCAGUGGCCAAAUUAUGAGGAAAAGCCUCAUGUGCACACAGAUAGGGAUCAUUCCAGUAUUGCAGUUCAGCGUGUUGCCCGUUCCCAAGAAGAACUUCGAGAAGAUCAAACUUACCAACUCGAGCAUCAUCGAAUAGAGACAGUUAUGGAUCGGAAGGCUGACAGCGAUAUGUGGAUAAAUCAGAGCUCCUCGCUGGACUCCAGUACAUCCAGCCAAGAGCACUUGAACCAUUCCUCCAAGUCGGUCACCCCUGCUUCCACACUGACCAAAAGUGGCCCUGGUCGUUGGAAAACACCAGCUGCUGUCCCGCCCACACCAGUUGCCAUUUCCCAGCCUAUCCGAACGGAUCUGCCUCCACCACCCCCUCCACCUCCUGUCCACUAUGCCAGUGAUUUUGAUGGAAUUCCCAUGGAUCUGCCUCUUCCACCCCCUCCUUCCAGCCAAAUAGGACCGCAGGCUGCUCAGGUGGCUGCCACAGAACGGAAGAAGAGAGAAGAACACCAGCGGUGGUAUGAGAAGGAGAAGGCCCGCCUGGAGGAGGAGCGGGAGCGGAAGCGGCGGGAGCAGGAGAGGAAGUUGGGCCAGAUGCGCACCCAGUCUCUGAAUCCCACUCCGUUUUCUCCCCUGACCACACAACAGAUGAAGCCAGAAAAGCCUUCCACACUGCAGAGGCCCCAAGAAACAGUCAUUCGGGAACUGCAGCCCCAGCAGCAACCCCGCACAAUCGAGCGCAGGGACUUGCAGUACAUCACAGUCAGCAAGGAGGAGCUCUCCUCAGGGGACAGCCUGUCUCCAGACCCGUGGAAGAGAGACGCCAAGGAGAAGCUGGAGAAGCAGCAGCAGAUGCACAUAGUGGACAUGCUGAGCAAGGAGGUCCAGGAGCUGCAGAGCAAGCCAGACCGUACCGCGGAGGAGAGCGACCGCCUGCGGAAGCUCAUGCUGGAGUGGCAAUUCCAGAAGAGACUCCAGGAGUCCAAGCAGAAGGAGGAGGACGAUGAGGAGGAGGAAGAUGACGAUGUGGACACCAUGCUGAUCAUGCAGCGCCUUGAGGCUGAGCGGAGAGCAAGGUUGCAGGACGAGGAGCGAAGGCGGCAGCAGCAGUUGGAAGAGAUGCGCAAGCGGGAAGCGGAAGACCGGGUGAGGCAGGAGGAGGAGCGGCGGCGGCAAGAGGAGGAACGAGUGAAACGAGAUGCUGAAGAAAAGAGGCGACAGGAAGAAGGGUAUUACAGUCGCUUGGAAGCCGAGAGGCGCAGACAGCACGACGAGGCGGCACGCAGGUUGCUGGAGCCCGAGGCGCCCGGUCUGUGCCGCCCUCCACUUCCCCGGGACUACGAGCCCCCGUCCCCGUCCCCCGCAUCCAACGCCCCUCCUCCCCCGCCUCAGCGAAAUGCCUCCUACCUCAAAACCCAGGUCCUCUCCCCUGACUCGCUGUUCACUGCCAAGUUUGUUGCGUACAAUGAGGAGGAGGAGGAGGAGGAGGACUACAGUCUAGCAGGACCGAACUCAUACACGGGAUCUACUAUAACAGGUGUUGGAGCCCAUGACACAUAUCGGGACACAGGAGAGAAGCGCUCUAAAAGCCAAGAUGCAGAUUUACCUGGAAGUUCUGGAGCCCCUGAAAGCUUGACAUUCAGAGAACGCCAGCGUCUUUUCUCACAAGGUCAAGAUGUGUCCAAUAAAGUAAAAGCUUCUCGUAAAUUAACAGAACUGGAAAACGAACUGAACACAAAAUGAAAAGGGAACCUUGUACUUAUCAAAAAACCCUCUCGCUUGGGGGUUUGUAGGUGUGACUUUGAAGAGGAAAGGGGGAGAUUAUAUUUCUAAAUGAUUUAUAAUUUCUAUUUCUAAAAUGUUUGGGAUUUAGAGAUGUCUCAAGUUGAAGAAAUUUUAUUUUACUUUACCAAGAGAUUGUCAUUUAUGUAAUUUAAACACUGUCUAAUUUCUUAUCUGGAUCAUAUGAAGACAACUUUUUUGAUGGUUUCUCUUUGGAGUCUUAAGUUCCAAGGGGACAGGAUGAAGGGUGGGAGGAAGAACGAGAUAUGUCUCCUCCCAGCUUCUCCUUGCAACCGGCCAAGGAGCACAGACAGAGAAGUUCUUGUUCUUGGUUUUUCAGCAACUUUAUUUUCGCUAUCAAACAGAGAAUAGCUUGAACUACCCAGACUGUUGUUUGCACUAUUUAGUAUAGCCCACAAUAUUUUACAGAAGAGAGGACAGGUGAAGACAUGCUCCUCAAUGUCACCUGAUCAAGUGAUUUCUGCGACACCUUCUCUAGUCUGCGUCAUGGCACAGUUUAGACUGAAGCUUUCUGUGAGGUGACACGCAUCCAAGACCAAGACUGCUCCAUCUCACUCCUUGCAAGUCUAAGCCCUUCUGAUCAAUUCAAAAUAACUGACUUUAAAAAUUGUGAAAGAAGAAAUUUUGGGGAAUUUAAGGUUAGGGGAUUUUAUUUUUAUAAAUACCAAACUAUUGUUAUUGUUAGACUUCAUAAAUCAUUGGUGAAUUUGAAGAUGACAGUUGUGUUAGAAAGUCGACUAAUAUUUCCAAGAGAUCUGUAUAAGAGGACAUCUUUAGCUGAACAGUGUUCAUGUGACCAGAAAUAAAAAUCUCUGAGAAAAAUGGAAGGUUAACAAGUGACACUCAAAACACAACUGUCACUCCGAAAUUUUAAUUUGAAAAAGAAAUAGAUUUGCAUCGAUAUGCUGUCGGGAAAAGGAAGUAAUUCAAUUACAUAUGACAUCUGUAAUUUAAAUAUUAUAAGAAUAACUCAUGGCAGUUCAAGCUAUUUUUUAUAGUAUAAUGGAGUUAUUUAAUUUUAAUUUGUUGAAUUAUUAGUUACCACUGUUAUUUCUUCAGCUAUGGCUACAUGGCUGAUGUUGGGGAGUCGGACCUCAGUGUGUUUUAUAUUGUGUGCUGUUAAGAUGAUAAAUUUCUUUGUGAUUACAAGCAAAUUUUCUAUUUGACAAAGCUCUAAGAUGGGGUCUGGAUGAUUUUCUGUACCAUAUUAUUCUCUUACAAAUAUACAUGUUAGGAAAACAUGCACACUUCCAAAGAGAAGAAUAGAGGCUUUCACUGCCUUAGACAUCAGUUUUAAUAAGAGUUGUAUGAUAAAUCAUUAAAAAUGCGAGUGUAAAUAUUUUUUAUUUCUAUCAGGGUUCUUAUUUGAAAGUGUGCUUUUACUGUUUCCCUUGUUUAAGUAAGAGAGUGAAAUGGUCUGUGUGUGUAUGAAGGAUUUGCAUGCUUGCUCCAGAACCUCUAGGAGAAGCAAGCUCCUCCCAAGUAUCUUGAGAACACUGGCAGCCUUAUGGUGACUCAAUCCACACUUUGUUGAAAGAAAAGAGAUGCAUAUGAAUUCCUUUUCUUUUAAUAUAUAAAAAAGACAAAUACAUGUAAGUACAAGCGAACACAUGUACAUAUCUACAUACAGGGAUAUUUGUAUGUAUGGUUAUAAAACCCAUAAACAAGUGGAUUUGGCCACCUUUGGACAAGUAGGGCAAAUGUGAAUAUGUGUAAAAGUGCUUUUCAUAACUGCAUUAUAUGGAAGAAGCAUCAGAACUGCUGUAGUUUUCCAUUUCUACUGUAUUUCAGUUGCAACCUAUUUUUAAUAAACUUUGUAUGUAUUUAAGUGUAUUUGCUAUUAUUUUGAAAGUGCUGACAAAGUUUAUAUUUGUAACAUCAGCCUUCCUCUGCCCUGUCUUUCCAUCUGUCCACUCAUUCAUUAAACAUUUACUGAGUAU